GCCGAGCCCCGAGCGCGCCGCGCCUGCGCGUCAGGCGAGGCCGAGCCAUUCUUCGAUUCUUUCUAAACCAAGCAUGAAGCGCGUGUCGAUCCUUAGCGCGUACGUGGCCAUCGCGUCUGUCCAUGCGUGGUGGGAUCAAGGCCACCUGUUGGUCGGCGAAGUCGCGACCCAGGUCAUGGCCAAGGAAGAUGUGGCAACGGUCCAGUCGAUCCUCGGGUCAUGGAACGGCGACUACCCCAACACGGGUGAAAUCACGACCGCCACGAUAUGGGCCGACUUGAUCAAGUGCAACUCGAUCUCGACGACAUACUGCCCGUCCCCCGUCAUGCCCGCCGUCAAGUUCACCGACGACUGGCACUACAUUGACUUGCCAUGCAACGUGAACGGCACGGACUGGAAAGGACUCACGUCCAAGGACGUCGAUCGACUCAUCCAGGCCAACAUUGACGGCCGCGGGCUCUACACGCUGCACGAAUCGCUCAAGACGAUCGCCAAGUCCAAGUCCAAGUGGUCCGUCAACUUUGUCCUGCGCUUCUUCUUGCACGUGUUCGGCGACAUUCACCAGCCGUGCCAUUCCGCGACCGGCAUCUCGGACACGUUUCCUGGCGGCGACAUCGGCGGCAACAACUACCAGUUCACCCAGCCGUGCUCUGCGUCCAACCUGCAUGCACUCUGGGACAACGCGGCCGGCACCAUGACGAUCAAUUGGUACCCCACCAGCGUCCCAGGGUCGCCGGAUCGCCUCGACCUCACGGCAAACGCGACCGCGCUCCUCACCAAGUACGCGUCGUUGAAGGACCCGCUCAACUAUGCCGACUACGCCAAGCUGUCGUACGCAGACUUUGUCAAGGCCGUCGCGACGAACAAGCUUUUGGAGAAGACCUUCCUGGAUAGCUACGAUGUCGCGCGCAGUGCUGUGUACGCUGGCAUUGAUCUGAACACGUGGACGAACAACAAGGUUGCGUGCCCAAGUGCGGCAUACCAGGCCAAGGUCGUGGCCACGAUUGAAUCACGCAUCGUCCUCGGUGGCCGUCGCAUGGCGGUCGUGCUUGCCCAAUUCGCCAAGCAACUCCGCGCCGCCGGCCUCGCCUAGUAACUUUUCAAGUAUAUAUGAACCCUACGCGUGAAUGUGGGAAAUGACUCGACAUCUCGACGGAAGCGCCAUCAUUUGAAUUCGCCUCCUCGCUUCAACGCGAGCCCGCGGCCCAUCGAAGUAUUGGACACAUGGGCAACUCAACUUGCUCCAGACAUGCGGCCAUCGGUUCGUUGGACAUGAACGAAGAGUGGUUUCGCACUGCGAACAUUGUUGACCGGAUCUCUGCAUGAAUCGUGCCUCAAACUCUUUCAUUUUGUCAACGCUGAUGCUGCUUUGACACCAGCGUCAACGUUGACGGCCCUGCUCUGGGAGUCGCAGACAGAGGCAUUUGCAGCGACCGAAACGAGAAACCAAAGCAUGGCACGACCGAUAAUCGCAGCGUGUUGAGUGUGCUGGCCA